AAUUUUGAAAUCAGUUCUUAAUCAAUAAGUUGUCGAAGAUCAAAUCGAUUGGAGCGAAACGAUAACAAUGAAUGCUCGUGUUGGAAAUCAGAAUACUCACGGUUCUGCAAGUGAGAUAAUUUCGACAUUCAAUCAAUUCUUCACAAAUGUUCCCCCCAACCGGAGCUUCGACAUGAGCUACAAAGUAUACUUGCAAGAUUUGGCCGAUAUGGAAGAUCGAACUUCGACUUCUCGCUGUAGUUCAACGACUCGGAUCAAGCCCACCAAGAUCGCCGGAUUCGGAACGGUUCCACUGCUUAGCUCGGCCGGGACGAAUCAAUCAGUUCUGUCGACGAAAUCUGCAAAGUCUUGCUUGUCUAAUACCAUCGCAGCAUCCAUGACUGAACCACAAGUAUCCAUGACUCAAGUGGAUCGGAUGUACGAGGAUAAUCUGGCGCGUAAGAAGAGAUCAAUGGUGGCCGUGUCCGAGUUCAACAAGAUAUAUGGACAGGAAUAUCAUCCACCAUCAUCUUCCGAAUCGACUCGAUCUUUCUAUGAGAACAUUGAUGCCGUCUAUCCAUCUUCAAAAGCAUCGGAGUCUUCAUCCUCGUCGGCAUCAACUGGAUCAUCGGACAAUCGUAAGGACAUUGAGAAAUGGGAGAAGUUGGAUUCCGAAGCCGAAAGUGACAUUGAACUCUUUAUCAAGGUUUCCGACUGUUUUGACUGAAUAGCUUCUCAAUAAAGAUCCGUUGUCUAACACACAUCUCCCA